AUGCCUAUUGAUCAUAUUUCACAUAUACACAGUGGUCUGCAUAUUCCUGAAGAAAAUACAGAUCAUGUUGAACAAACGAGACAAAAGAGAGGUAAGGGAUGGCCAGAACGUAUCACAAUAGCAGCAGAAACACAAGUUUUAGAAGGUCCAUUUGACGAUCCAUUUCACAAGAAGAGUAGACAGUAUAGACAAAGCAUAAUAGGAGAUGAAGCAUUCAAAUUACCAAACCUUCAGCAGGUUGCGUAUAUCUAUGGUGUAGAUAGACAAGAUUAUUGUGAUUUAAGGACCAGAAUGAGAAGACUUGUAGACAAAAAUAUUAGUACAGGUGUUAUAAAACCAACAGAAGAAGAUGGAAAUUAUCAACCCUCAGGUAUUUGGGAUACAAUUCGUGCUCAAAUGCUUCUGGAACUCGCUCAAGAUUCAAGGAACAGAAUUAUUUGCAACAGAUUACCAUGGUUGUAUAAUCAAAUCUGGUAUGGAGUGUUGAAGUCACAAUGCAGUAAACCUGGUAGGGCCCCUAAAGGUACAGGGAAGAUGCCAAAAACUCCAUUAGUUUCAAAUAAGCAAGUUACAUCAAGAGAGAAACCUACCGUAUUUGGAGGAUUAUCCAAAAAUUCAAAAAAGCUAAUAAGGUCACCCUCACCAAUAGCUGUUGCAGACUAUAUUGGCUUAAGCAAUCCAAAAAAGCGCAAAGCUGAUUCAAUGACCGUUAGAUAUACCAGCCGCAACGACUACGACGAGUCCGAUGACUUAGAUAGCGAAUAA